AUGGGGACGUUACUCCCCGGUCCAGAUUUCGAACGUUCUACGAAGUUUUUAAUCAUCCUUAUCCUAUCACUUACACCUCAGUCAGCUUAUGCUCAAAUUGAUGGAAUCUACUGUGGUGAAGAAACCUGUUAUGAUGUUUUACAGGUUACCCGAGAUGAUGAUAAAAAUAGAAUUCGUAAAGCAUAUCAUGAAAUGGCAAGAAAACAUCAUCCAGAUAGACAGAAAACAUCUGAGAAUAAAAUAAAAGCGGAAGAACGCUUCCGUUUAAUCAACACUGCCUAUGAGAUUCUUAGUGAUCCAGAACAACGAACAGAAUACGAUUAUAUGCUUGAUAAUCCAGAUCAAAUGUACUAUCAUUACUAUCGGUAUUAUCGACGUCGUGUUUCGACAAAAGUUGAUGUUCGAUUGGUAAUUAUAUCAAUUCUUCUUAUUAUAUCAUCGAUACAAUAUGCUGGUCAAUGGACAAGUUAUAAUCAUGCAUUAACUUAUUUACUGAAAGAUCCAAAGCAUCGUGCCAAAGCAAAACAGAUAGCUAUUGCUGAUGGUCGUUUAAAUAUAUCCAAAUAUGAAGUUGGCAGACGUUUAACACGUGAUGAACUGAAAGAACGUGAGGAACAACUACUUCGGGAUAUAUUAAAGGAGACUGUUGAACUUCGAGGUGAUUGUUGUCGACCCAGCCUAAAACGUGUUCUACUGGUUAGAAUAUUGUUUUUCCCUUGGACUUGUUAUAUAUGGUUACGUUGGAUGCUUUAUUGGGUUGUAAAGUAUUGGAUACUUCGUAGGGAAUAUGACGAAGAGGCACGGAUAUUUAUCACUAGACGUCGGUUAAAAAUAAAUGAGAGUGAAUGGGAUUAUGCAGGCGAAGAACAACAAGCAAAGUAUUUAUCACAAAAACUUUGGAUUAAUGAGAAUUAUCAGAAGUUUCUUGCAGAUCAACAAGAAGCAAAUCGAAUUCGAGCAGCUGAAGAUACUGAUUUAAAACGUUAUAGACGAUACACAAAACGUGCUGGACCUGCCUCAGUGAAUCUUGAAGAUUUAUUUUAA